AUGGUGACUAAAAACCUAAGUAAAACCAUAACAGUAAUUGGUGUAAUAUUUUUGAUUGUGGCAACUAUAGGACAGAUGCCAGGAAAGAAAACCUGGUCAUAUGAACUAAAAUCACUUACUUCAAAAACUUCAGAUAGUGAAAAGAUGAAGAUUAAUUUAGAAAUUGAACGAGUUUCUCGUGGUGUCUAUGCCAUUUCCGGUACGGUACUUAUUAAUUUUGAUGUUGUCGAGGGUGAUGGAAAUACUAUUGCCGCUAAAUCUUAUCGCAGUGUUUUGGGUGAUAAUGAAUACAAUGUUUUACCCUUCCAAAUGCCUGCUACACAUCUUCAUAAAUAUUUUAACACUUUCUACAAAGAUGUUUUAAUGGACACCUUAAAGGACUGCUCUGAUUUACCGGCUUUCGAGGAUAAAUUUGAACCACCUUUUGAAAAGAAACUAUAUACCUUUGAUGCCUGUCAGUUUUCUCAAGAUGGUCUGCCUAAUCAUUUACAAGAUGGUUUCUAUAAACUUUUACUUAUUGGUGCGGGCGAUGUUGUUUGGGAAAUUGAAGUAAUUGCUGAAAUUACAACCGAAAUGUAA